AUUUGCGUCUUUGUAAGCAAUUUACUUGCGUCCAGUGGUGCUGUUUGGGGUCAUUACCGCGCGCAGAAUACGUGCGGCAUCGUCCCUUAGUUUAUGUACGGUUCUGAGCUCGGGCUGCAAAGCUAAGGUGAGAUAGUCGGUACCCGGCAGGACGUGAGCUGGUAAAAGAAAGCAAUGGCGGCGCUUUCUUGCUGAUGCGAAUGUUGCUAGGUCUAUAAUCCAACGGUAGCGUUUGCAGCCUGACUUCAGAGAUACCGUCCGUCUUGGCGAGCGCGACAGGUUUUUCAAGGGACAAGUUAUGAGCCGUCUGGUAUGGUCAGACAAAUAUAGUUUGAAUUGAUAACCAUGGUAUCUAUAUGAGGUGUGGCUGAAUCGACUGGUCACGUCCUCAGUUAUCUCGAGCGUGGGUCGGUGCGACGUCUGUGGAGGAAUAAGACAUCGGAGGAGAGGAGAGAGCCAUCUUCUGCAUCGACAUGCCGAUCAUCAACACGUGCUGCUGCUGCUGCAGCCUGAAAGCUGGAUGCAUCGCCACGGCGGCCAUCUUUCUGAUCGUCAGUGGGGUAGAUCUGGCGGUACGGUUUGCCACAACAGGCAUGCUCGGGCAUGAAGACGCACUGGGUUCACCCGAAGAGGGCGGUGGAGGAACGAAACCAUCACAGUGUUUACAGCAGAAGUCCCAAACUGAUGAGAGAACAGAUGAUCAAUGCCAGGGCGAGGCCUACAUGGUGGAGGCGGCGUAUAGCGGUAUUGUCUUCGACCUCAUCUUCGUCAUCUUCUGUAUCCUGCUGAUCGUGGGAGCCGCAAAGGACAACAAAUGGCUGUGCUUGGCGUGGGUUCCUUACGCUGUCACCUACGUCAUAGUGCAGGUGGUUAUCUCUGUACAGUACACAAUGGCUCCUGUUCAGAACAAACCCGAGCAGGACACCCAGGAGGAAACGGAACAGUUCCGUACAGUGGGACUGGCCAUUCCAUGGAUUAUAAUGGGUAUCGUCACGGCCCUGGUGGUGUACUGCAUCAUCGUCGUCCUCUCCCACUAUCAGAACUUGCGCAACAAAAUGAAAGGCCAGGAUCGCUUUCAAGCUACUGAGAUGGUGAGCGGCAAAAACCCGACUCAAACAUCUACUUUGAUCUGCUAAAUCGCGGUAGCGUACCAAUACAAGGAGGAAUCCUCUGGUAGUAAAGACACACCACAGUCACUAUUGUUCGCACCAUUUGUUGGCGUGUUCAUUCGUUUGGCGACGCUGAAAUGUUCCGUAUGUAAAGAUGUUUUGUAGAUAUUGGCAUUGGAAACAAUCGGCAAAAAUGGGCUAUAAAGGCUGUCCUCUGUGUGUGCCUAGCUAUCACUAUCUCACUGAAAGAUUUGAUCAAGCUAAAGAUUUUAAGAGGCCUAUAUGCUGUGUUGUUGUGCUCUGCUUCGUGUAAAAGAAGAAACCAGUUGAUAUUAUGAUCUGAUGUACAGGAACUGCUACAGUUUUCAUUAGACAAUACAGUAACAGAAAUACUGUUUCCGUAGAAGUCUAUUUCACGCGUUAACAUUGUAUUCCUAUAUCUGAUGGACGAAAGAACGUGCAUUUACUAUACGGCAGAUCAACAUUUGGUAAACUUCAUCUGUAUUGUUCUGCUUGUUUCAAAGUUUGGUAAACCUCAAAAGGUGCUCUUUGUCAUUAAGUGCAUUGUCCUGUAAUCUUCAGAUCAACAAUAAAAAUGAACAGUGGUGUAUUUACGGUCAAGAAACGCAUCCUUCUUCAUUAGUCUUUUUCUUAGCAAUAUUAUACGUAUAUUCUCGAUUAAUUUGCUGAAGCUGACUAGAACGUACAAAAUGAUAUACAUACUUUUUCCAAUAUAGUUUAUAUUGCAGCAG